AUGGCUUCAGAAGACGCAACCGCCGAGACGCAGGACAAGCAAGUCUCCUUCAAGGUCAAGACAUCCAGCGAUGGUAACCACACCAUCACUAUGUCCGAGGCUGCGACAGUCUUGGACCUGAAGACGAAGCUAUCUGGGGAUGACUACGAAAAGGUGCCAGCCGAUAGACAAAGACUGAUCUACUCCGGUCGUGUUAUGAAGAAUGAGGACGUCCUAAGCAAAUACAACAUCAAGUCAGGCAACACAAUACACAUGGUCAAGAGCGCGCAAAGCAAUGUCGCACAAAAUCCAGCAGCCAGCCCCUCAGCCGCCACCGGUGCAGCAGCUCGAUCAGCGCCAGGAGUGCCAACCAAUAUGGCAGCCGGCACAGCGAACAAUCCUUUAGCUGGCUUGACCGGUGCUCGGUACGCUGGACAUAUGGCUCUUCCAGGAGCAGACAUGUUCGGCGCAGACGGUGGUAUGGGCGCACCACCCAGCGAAGACGCAAUGGCCCAGAUGCUUGAAGACCCAAACGUACAACAAACCAUGAACGAAGCCCUCAACAACCCCGCCCUAAUCGACAUGAUGAUCCAACAAACCCCCGCUCUCCGCAACAACCCACACGCACGAGAGAUGUUCCAGUCCCCCGAGUUCCGCCGCAUGCUCACCAACCCCGAAGCCCUGCGACAAGCAGCCGCAAUGCGACGAUUGAUGGGAGGAGGCGCUGGUGGCGCUGGAGGUUUCCCGGCGCCGGGAGUCACAGAUACCACACCUGGAGCAGCCGGUACGCCAAAUCAACCUAACAAUGCGGCUGCCAAUCCAUUUGCGUCGUUGAUGGGCGGUGCUGGUGGUGCAGGUGCUGGAGGCGCAGCAGGAGGUGCAAACCCCUUCGCGGCACUCUUUGGAACUCCAGGUCAAACUCCAGGUCAAACAGGCGCGACACCAGGCACCGUAGGGUCACCACCUGCAAACGCAGAUGCGCCAGUGAACCCGUUUGCAUCUCUGCUUGGUGGUGGUGCUGGCUUGCAAGGUCUCCCGCCCAUCACGCCAGAGCAAAUGCAACAAGCUAUGCAAGCACUACAAGCAGGUGGCGGUUUCGCAGGCGGAGCUGGAGGAGCUGGUGGUGGAUUUGGUGAUCUAUUUGGACCUGGUGGAUUUGGCGGAGCGGGGGGACCAGCGAGUCCGCCUGCGCCGGCUGAUACGAGACCACCGGAAGAGAGAUACGCGGAUCAGUUGAGGCAGUUGAAUGAUAUGGGAUUCUUUGAUUUUGACCGGAAUGUUGAGGCUUUGAGGAGAAGUGGAGGUAGUGUGCAGGGAGCUAUUGAACAAUUGUUGAGCUAG